AUGCUGAGGACGACAGCGCUCAAGAAUGCAAAGCGCACGAGCAUACAGUCUGCUGCACGGACGCUCUCCGGCACUGGCUCGAUCAGAUUAGCGCACAAGGAGAUCAAGUUCAGCAACGAUGGUCGGGCGGCCAUGCUCGCUGGCGUUGACAUUCUCGCCAAGGCAGUCAGCGUCACGCUCGGUCCGAAGGGUCGUAAUGUCAUCAUCGAACAAGCCUUUGGUGGUCCAAAGAUCACUAAAGACGGCGUCACUGUUGCCAAAGCUAUCACCCUCAAGGACAAGUUUGAGAAUCUGGGAGCGAGAUUAGUUCAAGAUGUGGCCAACAAGACAAACGAAAUCGCAGGUGACGGAACCACAACGGCCACCGUACUCGCCCGCGCCAUCUACUCCGAGGGUGUCAAGAACGUAGCGGCAGGUUGCAACCCCAUGGAUCUCCGACGGGGUUCACAGAAAGCCGUCGAAGCCGUCAUCAAAUUCCUCGAAGCCAACAAACGAUCCAUCACGACUUCUGCAGAGAUCGCUCAAGUCGCGACCAUCUCUGCCAAUGGAGAUGCUCACGUCGGCCAGCUGAUCGCGACCGCCAUGGAGAAGGUCGGCAAGGAGGGCGUCAUCACCGUCAAGGAGGGCAAGACCAUAGAGGACGAGAUCGAGGUCACAGAAGGAAUGAGGUUCGACAGAGGAUUUAUUUCGCCCUACUUUGUGACCGAUAUCAAGGCGCAAAAGGUCGAAUUCGAGAAGCCUCUGAUCUUGCUGAGCGAGAAGAAGAUCUCCAUGUUGGCCGAUAUCAUGCCUGCACUCGAAGCAGCUGUCCAGCAACGAAAACCGCUGCUCAUCAUCGCCGAGGACGUAGACGGAGAAGCACUGGCCGCUUGUAUCCUCAACAAGCUGCGAUCCCAGCUCCAGGUCGCCGCUGUCAAGGCCCCCGGAUUCGGUGAUAACCGCAAAUCCAUCCUAGGCGAUCUUGCCAUCCUCACCGGCGGUACAGUCUUUACAGACGAAUUCAACGUCAAGCUAGAGCGAGCGACUGCCGAUCUGUUCGGUUCGACAGGAUCGGUCACCAUCACCAAAGACGACACCAUCUUGCUCAACGGUGACGGAACAAAAUCGAUGAUCCAGGAACGAUGCGAAAUGAUCAGGAGUCUCAUUGCCGAUGCUUCCACUUCCGAAUACGACAAGACCAAGCUGCAAGAACGUCUCGCUAAGCUUUCCGGUGGUGUUGCUGUCAUCAAGGUCGGCGGCUCAUCCGAGGUCGAAGUCGGCGAAAAGCGUGACAGAUACGACGAUGCGCUCAAUGCGACAAGGGCAGCAGUAGAAGAAGGCGUGUUGCCAGGAGGAGGGGUUGGCUUGCUCAAAGCUUCUCGUGCCCUCGCCACACUCGAGACCGCCAACUUUGAUCAAAAUCUAGGCGUUCAGAUCAUACAGCGAGCGAUCACUCGACCUGCGAGGAUCAUCGUCGAAAAUGCGGGCGAAGAGGGAUCUGUCGUCGUCGGCACACUACUAGAUAAAUACGGCGAGGAGUUCAAUAUGGGCUAUGAUGCCGCACAUGGCACCUAUGUCGAUAUGGUCGCAAGCGGCAUUCUCGAUCCCUUCAAGGUCGUCAAGACCGCCCUCGUCGAUGCUGCAGGUGUAGCUUCUCUGCUCACUACUUCCGAAGCUUGCGUCGUCGACGCACCGGAGGAGAAGGGACCGCCGGGUAUGCCAGGAGGUAUGGGCGGUGGCAUGGAGCAAACCCCCUCCUCAUACGACGAUCUCGGAGAAAGCGAGAUCAAGACGAAACUUGGCCAAUUGUACUCACCACUCUCGAUGCAUCGCAACUCCUUGUAG